AUGUCUGUUGCACCUCAGCACGACAUAUCGCUGGUCCUCGACCGCCCUGACAAACUGUACACUAGCGGUGAUACAAUCACCGGCACAAUUCAUGACUGGAAGCCACAUCUAACCAACGGCGCCUCAAUUGAGGUUGUCCUCGUCGGCCGCAGCAAAUCAUACAUUGAUUUUUCGGCGCAGAAUUUCUACACUUACACAGGUCGCGUGCCGUUGAUAUACCAUACUACGCAAUUACACCCUGCACAGUCCGAUGAUGAGCUACAUUUCGCCAUCACGGUGCCUGACCAUGUCCAGAAGGACCUCUCGAGCGUGCCCGCUCUGAAGAAGAGAUUCGAUUACUGGACGCACUCAUGGUCUGACUCAGAGCCCUUUGCAAAGGACCCUCAACAUGCAUUACCGCCUUCAAUGACCAUGCACGAAAGGUCUCUCAGUUUGUACAGACAAGAAGUGCGAGGCUGGGGUCAGAUCCGCUACACACUCUCCGCGAUCAUAUCUGAAACGGCCGGGCAUGGCAAAAACUCUGUAAUUCAAUCGUCUGAAGAGGAGAACGUGAUUAUUACAACACCUCGCAUUUCGGUUGAGGACUGGGAGAGAGAGCCCCGAGAGAACCAAAUCUCUGCCAAUAUAGUGACUUUUAUCAAUAAGCGACUGCAACCUGACGCCAAAGUAAAGCAAAAGGGCGUGUUCGACAAAAUGAUGUCAGAUGAUACCCCAAAAAUGUCUGUGCAACUACAUACGAUCGUACCGAAGAUUGCUGUGUCGGGUAGCACUAUCGAGCUGUUUAUGCGUUUACAUAGGCCGGCGAAACGGUAUGCAAAAAUUGACUUCCCACUGCCGCUUAUCACUCUACAAAGAGCUGAGUUGUAUAUUAAGGAAACUAUCACUACCCGCUGCUCGCGUCCUGUGUUGAGGUUUGACGAGCAUGUUUAUGAAUUCCCAGGUCAUCCGUUCGCAGGACAGACCUGUCGGAUUAAUCAUACUUUUAUUCCCACGGUGGACGGGACGAAUUAUCAACCCGAGUUGUGUCGAGCAAAGUUCAAAAUCCCGUCAUCGUGUACCCCGACAUUUAAGACGUGGAAUAUGAGUAGCGAGUGGUCUAUCUGCGGGACUGUUUUCUUUAAAUGCUUGGGCAAGGAGACAUACGGAACGUUUGACUCUCGUAUCACGCUGAUAUCAAAACCGAGGAAGUCAGGUGCCGGAGAUGGAGAAGACUCGGAAGCGUCAGAUGAUUUAGUGGAUGUGGGUGAAGAAGGCGACGGUGCUGCGAUAGAUUGGGUUGGUGGCGCGGGACAAGUCGGGGGGGCAGCAAUGAAUUUAGCGAACUUGGCCACUUGA